AUGGCUGGAGCAAAUGAGAAAGCUAUGCAGCAGCGUCUGAGCUUCUUGAGCUGUGGGGAGGAGGAUAGCAGUGACAGUAGCAUGGAAGACUGGGCACCCAGAACUGUCCUGCAGCAAAGCCCCUCCUUGGUUUGCCAAACUCCGCGAGUGCAGCGCCACCGCACCUGGAGCGUCACGGCGUCCACGUCCGCACCGACCUCACCCAUACCGUAUGCUGCUUGGAGGAAGCUCAGGCUCUGUGACUCCCCCAGCACACCUAAGAGUCUGCUGUCGAAGUCAGCCCUGCCUUACUCGAGCAGUAGGCCACGUCUCACCCAGAGUGUCCCAGGCCUGCUCACUGCCUGUGACCCUGCUCCUGCUGUCAACAUUAACCCUUUCACUCCUGACACGGCCCGGAGGAGCAGCAAACACUACAAGAGGAAAAGUCACAGGAGUGAGUGCAAUAAUGAGGAUGAUGGGUACAGGUAUAAAGAGAGUCAAACCUCAUCUGAAGACGAAAGUUACUUCCUCCCAUCAAAGAGGCCAGCAGUGCCGGCCCUCAUGCUGUCGCGCUAUGAGAGUGAGUUCCUGGAACUGGGCCGGAUUGGCGUGGGCGAGUUUGGCGCCGUGUACUCUUGUGUGAAGAGGUUGGACGGCUGCAUGUAUGCCAUCAAGCGCUUACGCAGGCCACUCGCAGGUUCCGCCAACGAACAGCUGGCCUUAAAAGAGGUGUAUGCCCAUGCAGUGCUUGGACAUCACCCACAUGUUGUACAGUACUACUCAGCUUGGGCUGAAGAUGACCACAUGAUCAUUCAAAAUGAGUACUGUGAUGGUGGAAGCCUUCUUGAUGUCAUCACUGAGAAGAAAGAGCAAGGGGAGUUCUUUCGGGAGCCAGAGCUGCGGGAUCUGCUGCUUCAGGUGUCAAUGGGGCUAAAAUACAUCCACACCUCAGGCCUGGUGCAUCUGGACAUCAAACCCAGCAACAUAUUCAUCUGCCAUCGGCCCAGUGCCAGCACUGAUGAAGCUGGAGACAGCGAAGAGGAAGAUGAUGGAUACCCUUCAUCAGGGGUAGUUUUUAAAAUUGGUGACCUAGGUCACGUCACAUCCACUUCCAGUCCGCAGGUAGAAGAGGGUGACAGCCGCUUCCUGGCCUGUGAAGUUCUGCGAGAGGACUACACUCAUCUACCCAAGGCAGAUAUCUUUGCCCUGGGCCUGACUGUGCUGUUGGCAGCAGGAGCUGCACCACUACCUCAGAAUGGGGAUGAAUGGCACCGCCUCAGACAGGCGGAGUUGCCCAGCCUGCCACAGGAACUGACGGCUCCCUUAAGCAACCUUAUACAGAUGAUGUUAGACCCUGAUCCCGCUGCGAGGCCAUCUGCGUCUGCAUUGUGCAAGCACCCAGUGCUGUGUAGAGAAAGGUCUGGAAAGCUGGCCGCACAGUUGCGCAAGGAGCUCAAUGUGGAGAAGUUUAGGACGGCAGUGCUGGAGAGGGAACUCAAGGAGGCUCGAUUAGCAGCUACCUCGCCUCGGCAGUCCCCUCUCUCUGCGGGACAGGCUAGCUCCCACGUGCACUCCCUUCCUAGACCAGAUCGGAGGCUAGUGGGACGAAAUAAAGCUCGCUCCAUGAGCUUUGGUGGCCUUGGACACUGACCUUUCAUUAAUUCGGGUAGAAUGGUAGCUCAUGGACCAACUGGACCAAGGACCAAGUCUGAAGAUCAAGGUUUUGGGUGGUUUUUUUUUUUUUUUUUUAAGGUUUUGAUUGUUCUUCAGCAAUAAGUGUUUGAAUCUGGCUUUCUCCAGCUUGUAACUCAUCUCAGUUUCUUUUAACUUGAAUGGCUUUUAUUCAUGUAAAUAAAGAUUUUAA